UUCUUUAAAAUGGCAUUAUUUACGUUUUUGUCUCAGAAAACAAAGAACAUGUUUUCUUAAUUAACAAUAUCCAUAUUCACUUUAAUUGACAAGUAUGAUCCACAAAGCAACCCCUAGCCACAUGUACUUUUUUCUCUCUCUUUUUAUUUCCUGCUUUAUGAAUUGUAUAUGUAUGUUUGUAUUUUGUGACUGUGACAUAUUUUACAUAUUUUUAUUUUUUUUUGUAUUAUAUGCUAAUUACAAAAAGACUUUGUGAAGAUUGUGUGCCACAGUGUUUUGUAGAUGGAAUUUGUUAAAUAUAACAAUAAUAAUAUUAAAAGACUACAAUUCCGGUCACGUGAUUCACAAACCCGGAAAUACAACGCCUGGUGACGGGAUGUUUUAAGUGGGCUAUAGGUAGGGGCGACAGUCGCUAUGUGAUGGUAUUGCAGACGUGUUAGUCUCGUUUAUUUUAUUUUGCCUGUCGCGCUCGUUGUUUUUACCUGUGCUGUCUGACUUUAUCAAAACGUUUCCGCGAGGCCGAGUCGUCGAAUUUGCGCCAACGUCUCCGUUUGUUUGAAUUCAUGGACAAAGACAAGUGUGGCGACAUCCCUGGUCAGUGCUCCUGGAUGGAGAUGCAUCAGUUCAUCGGUGAUCUCAUUACAUCUGGAAACAACUCCAAAAACCAGCAAGAUGCGGUCAAGUCGGCGUGGGGGGUGGCUGCUGGCGGAGGCGGUGUUGCGGCCACUUUGGGGUACAAGCCUGCUUCCCUGGAAACCCUUCAGGUCCCCCGACCCGCCCAGGGCAAGGCAGGGGUAGGGGCAGGGGCAGGGGCAGACCCGGGCAGACACAUCCAGUCCGGGGCAUCACAGAGGAAAGCGGCGGGCAGAGACAGAAGAGAGGCCGGGGGGAGCUCAGAUGUUCAUCAAGCUUGCACUUGCCCCGGCUGCCCUUACUCCAACACCUUUGAGACUUUGACGCCCAGACAAUCUGGAUCGGACGCAGCGUGUCAGCCCAAAGAUCUCAGCUGCUCGGGUCUGGUGAGCCUCAGCAUGUGCUUGCCGGACACCACCGUACCGAGCAGCACCUCCACGUCCGAGCUGGGGACCGGCCGGCAGCCGAGCGACGACGCCGACAGAGCAACUCGGGCGCAGGAGCAAAACUCGGACGCUCCUCCCACCAAAGUGUCUUCGGGAACUUUCCCUCACCUCCCCGUGUUUCCCUGCUUGUGCGUCCACCGCGGCCUGCAGACCUGCGCCCAGAUCCUGAGCCAGCAGGAAGGCGCGGACUCGCCGCUCUCCCACACCCACGCCCACCAUCACUUCCACCACCACCACUGCCCCUUGACGUCCUGUCUGACCUGCCCCCACCCUCCGCAGCUCUCCGGUCCCUUCCCCUGCCUGUCCUGCUCUUUGCCCGCCUGCACUCAGGUGUGCCACCACCAGCACAGGCAAACGCAGCAGCAGGAGGAGGGACGGGGCCGGACGAGCUCGACGCUGCUCUCGCUGCAUCCCUGCAUGCACUGCUCCGCCACCUUUUCCAGGCCGUCCCAGCUGCUGCAGCACCAGCGCUCCGAGCACGCCCACAAGCCGUCCGGCUUCCUGUGCACGGAGUGCGGCCGGGCCUUCAACUCCCACAGCAACCUCCGCAUACACCUCAACGUGCACACGGGCGCCCGGCCCUACACCUGCUCGGACUGCGGGAAGAGCUUCAGUCAGUCGGGAGCCCUGAAGAUCCACAGGCGGAUUCACACCGGCGAGAGGCCGUACUCCUGCGGCUUCUGCGGCAGGGGGUUCCCCCACCUGGCGGGCGUCCGCGCCCACCAGAGGACGCACACGGGGGAAAAACCCUACCGCUGCAACCAGUGUGGGAAGUGCUUCACCCAAUCGGGAGCCCUCAAGAUCCACACCCGCAUCCACACGGGAGAGAGGCCCUUCAUCUGCAGCCUGUGCGGGAAAGCCUUCUCCAACCGCUCGGGGAUCCGCUUCCACUACCGCACGGUCCACGGGCUGGCCCCGGAACACACCGGGGAGGCAGGGGCCGGGUACCGGGGGCCUGCGGGUCGCGGGUGUCCACCGGGUCGUCCCAGGACUUUACCUUCGACGACCGUCGGGCUCAACAUGGCGAGCAUCUCGGAGGACAACUCGCACGCGGCUCCGAACUCUCGAGAUUCUUCCGAGUUGAACGCCGCUCUUUCCGGCUCCGCUGCCCUCGGUGGAAAUGAGCACAAAUCUCAGUCGGAGGGAGCGAACCCGGGCAGUCACAGGGAGGGACUCCUGUAUGCGUGCGAGGACUGCGGCCUGCGCUUUAAAGACGCCCCGUCCAGGAACAGGCACCAGACUCUGGCGCACUACUCGCACGAGGGGGGAGAGGAGGAUGAGGAGGAAGAGGCGGAGGGGCAGAGGAAAGAGUUCCGCACAAAUGAGAGGGUCCAAGAUAACUAGUUGUUGGUCAAGAUCAACAGGCUGACUGUCCGGGCUGUGGAGUGAAUAACUUCUGACACGCUGAAAUUAUUUGUGUAGAAUGUAGAUUUUAGUUGAACAUUACUUCUUGUCAAAUCAGAAAGUCUUUGAUGGUGCACUUUUUCUUCUUUUUUGAACAACUGUAAUGACUUUUCAGAUAGAUUUCAACGAGAAACUUCUUUCUUUCGCCACAGCAUCAUAGACGUAUCCCGUUCGUGCAGAUGUGUCUCUCCUACAUGUCGUCCAUGUAAGUCCAACCUAACAUAACUCGAAGCACUUGCACCAAUCACACGCCAAGUCAGCUGGUGUUUUUGUUAAUAGAACUGAUUUAUUGUGCCUUAUUCAGCAGCGGGGGAGGACGUAGUUCCCCCGUGUUGUGUCAAGCUUAUUGAUGCCUUCCUACAACUUUGAAAAUUUGAGGGGCAUUUAGUAACAUUUCCUUGGAGGAAUUAAGAACUGCCACCUGAGCUUUGUAAUAAAAAAAAAAACUACAAAUUUCAAAUCUGUUCUGUAUUUCACUGUGAACAGAAAUGUUAUACAAGUUUAAAUUAUUUAGUAAUUUAAUCCAUUUGAAUCUAUAUUUCAUAUACAGAAGUCAGUGAAUCCAGUGCACUUUGCAUAAUAUAGAAUUAUAUAAUUAAAAAACAAAAACAAAGGUUUGAAGGCCCCACACUGGAAAAGUUACACGACUUAAACUUCUAAAAAGGAAACACUGUCUUCCUCUGGUGUUCAAUUGAGUACAGGACGUCCCUUGCUCAAGGAUACCGGAGUCAGUUGAAUCUCUCGUCCAUGUUGCCAGCUGUGCCUCUCUGUUGGAUUUCAAUCCAGCCUUUUUAUUGUUGGCAUAUGUUGAACUGAAAAAUGCUCAGAUAAUCGUCUGAAGAAUGACAACCAGCAAACACUAACACACCCAUCAGUGAUAACGUGCGAAGCUCACCGGAGCCACCUAGUGGUCAUAAGUAGUCACGACAACACUCCUUGAUACAGCGUACCAUUUAUAGUGCUUCUUAAAUGUUUUCUUUUUGUUACAAAAAGUGUUGAAAUUACACACAAAUACAAUAUUAUGUGAGGACAACGACAUAUACAGUCCGUUUUUAUGCUUCAACCUGUUAAAUACAUUUAACAAGUAUACAUUUCUGUGUUUUCAGAAAGUGCAUUUUGUGAUUAAACAUCAAUAAACAGUA